GCGCCGGGCGGGGCUCGGGCUGGGCCGGAGCUGAGCGGAGCAGCGGGGACUGGGACCUGUUUCCCGCAGCAGCGGGGCUGGGGUCCCGCAGCCCCGCGCUGCCGCUCUCCUUCUCCAGCGGGAGCGGAGAUGCUGCUUGCCCGCAGCCGCCUGGGGCUGCUGCUCCUCGGGGCGCUCCUCUCUGUCCUCCUGUACCUCUGGCUCCCGGCCUCCCGGCGCUCCCGGCCUGACGAGGGGAAGCGGGGCUGGCGGGUGGCCAACGGCACCGUGCGCACGGGAAUGGCUGCGGGAGAGGCCCCCGUGUUCUACAGGGAGGUUCCCGCAGCAGCUGUGGGCCCCGGGAGGCCCGAUGUCCUGUUCCUGCACGGCCAGGCGUUCACCUCCAAGACGUGGGAGGCCUUGGGCACGCUAGCACUGCUCGCUGGAGAAGGCUACCGUGCGGUCGCAAUAGAUCUGCCUGGCUAUGGAGAUUCGCCCCCAGUGGACACGGUGGUGACAGCACAGGGACGGAGGACCUUCCUGGACCAUGUCCUCCAGGAACUGGCCAUGAAGAGACCUGUUCUCGUCAGCCCCUCCAUGAGCGGCCGCUUUGCCCUGCCCUUCCUCCUGGCACACGGGGACCAGCUGGCUGGCUUUGUGCCCAUCGCACCUGUGGGCACCAAGGACUACACUGCUGAGCAGUACCGGGGAGUCCAGACGCCCACCCUGAUCCUGUACGGUGACCGUGACACAAGGCUGGCUCCCCAGGCCCUGCAGAACCUCCAGCACCUCCCUGAGCACCGUGUGGCCGUGCUGUCUGGUGCUGGCCAUGCCUGCUACCUGGACAAGCCAGAGGACUUCCACGAGGCCCUGCUGGGUUUCCUGAGCCAGCUGAAGUGAGCACUGCCUCCUCCCUGCCAAGCAGAUGGGAUGGGGCGUCCGAGGGACUGGGAGGCACAAACAGCUGGCAUGAGGGAUGCUGUUCCCUCCUGGCAUAUUCCCAGCAUGGAGGGGGGACGACUGGAGCUGUCCUUUGCUGGCAGGACAGGGUGUCGUCUGUCAUGAGGCCAAUAAACUGAUGCUGCUCUGG